CGAAGGCAAUAAUAUGAGUUGUGCAGUCACACAGGGCGCUACACAAAAAACUGUCCCUUGUGCAGUCACACAGUGCUAUGCACAAAAAUCUGUCCUUCCCCGCCGCCGGGAUGGUUAUUGACGGCGUUGUCAGGGGUCGUGCUUUAACGAUAGAUGAGAGGACGGCUAUCGCUGCAGCGGUGAAUGUCGUCCUCUAUCGUUGUCAGUUGGAGAGAACCGCGGGAAAGAUGAAAGCAGCUGCUCGCACGCGACAGAAGGUGACGGCACUGGCGAGCAGCGGUGAGGGCUUGGACCUGGGAGCACUUUCGGACACCGUCCUCCAGGUGUGCUGCGCGUUGGGGUGCGGCGCCUUUCCGAGGGCGACUCCAAGAUGGUGGAUGAAGCGGCGGACGGGAGGAACAUGGGAGGACCUGUGCCAAAGCGACGACGCCGCCAACGACUACUUCAGAGACAAGCUCCGAAUGUCGCCACAUGUCUUCUGCGAAAUCGCGGAAACGCUUUCUCCAUACCUGCAAUGGCGUGUGACGUUUUACAGAGUGCCUUUGCAGCCGGAUCACAUCGUGGUGUACGCUCUCUAUAGGUGGGCGUCGGGUGAGACCUACGACAGCGGAACGUGCAGCUUCGGCAUCAGGAGGGCUUCUGGCAUCACGGCGGUCCGAGACGUUACCGCUGCCUUGCUUGCUGCGUACCUGGACAAGAUUUCGUGGCCCACUGGCGUGCAGAAGGCGGUCGUGUUGCGCGCGUUUGCAGACAAGGGAUUUCCAAAUUGCCACGGGUGCAUCGACUGCACCCACAUCUACGUGGACAAACCCGCCAACGCGAACGGGGAGGAUUAUUGUGAUCGGAAGAGGCGAUUCUGUGUGCAGGCGCAGGUUGUCGUCGACAUGAAUUUGCGUGUGCUGGACGUCUUCGUCGGUUACCCUGGCAGCGUGCAUGACAUGGGGAUGUUACAUCUGUCCAGUUUGUGGGAGCGCGUGGAGUCUGGACAACUUUUCACUGGCCCGCAUGUCAUGCUGCCGUUCGGUGUCCGAACAAAUGGAUACUUGCUCGGCGACAACGGCUAUCCCCAGUCGGAAUGGAUUGUCGUCCCGUAUGGAGGUCUCGCGCAGCAUCCCACGGAGGCACGGUUCGACAACAAGCAAAAGACGGCCAGGGGAGCGGUAGAGAGGGCGUUUGGAAGAUUGAAGGGCAUGUGGAGGUUAUUCCUGCGCACGCACAAGUGCAACAUGGACACGUUGCCGCAACAGUUCAUCGCGGUGUGCAUCCUCCACAACAUACUGAUCGACGCAGGCAUUCCCUUCGACGACAACCUGUUGUGGGAGGUCGGUCCGGAUGGCGUCCGAUGCAGGGUGGAUCUGGGCAUGCAUGCGCCGCUGCGUCCUGUUUGCAUGGAGUCGUCGACCGGGGACUCGCUCAUUUUGCGGGAUGCGUUGGCGGAGAGGAUGGGUGCGCAGUGAGGAUGGGUGGUUGUGGGAGUGGAUAGUCGAAGACGGUCAUGAUGCGGCGACACAUCGGAGCACACUGAAGUGGGGAGGCAACGAAGAGAUGAUGCGCCAGGAACGAUA